GGCUCAGUGCUCUUCACCAGUGCUGGCUUCUUGCUACAGCUCCACACUCCUUUGCAUUGAAGGGUGAACGCAAGGUUGGAAAGAUGACUAAGCUGGAAGACCAUCUGGAGGGGAUCAUCAACAUCUUCCACCAGUACUCAGUUCGGUUGGGGCAUUAUGACACCCUUAUCAAGCGGGAGCUGAAGCAGCUGAUCACCAAGGAACUGCCCAACACCCUCAAGAACACCAAAGAUCAAGGUACCAUUGACAAAAUAUUCCAAAACCUGGAUGCCAAUCAAGACGAACAGGUCAGCUUUAAAGAAUUCGUGGUCCUGGUGACUGAUGUGCUGAUAACUGCCCACGACAACAUCCACAAGGAGUAG